GAAAUAUGGCUUCCUUCUAGAUCUGGCAGAAGUCAUCUGACUAAUUAUGUGUUCCAGUACUUUCCCAAAGUGUCGUCCGCAUUCGAUGCAGACUGCAUGGCGCCUCACCGGCCUUUUCCGGUGACGGUGACGCACUCGGAUUCACGAACUACCGAGCGCGGAAAUUAAAUUAAAUUUCCCAGCAGGUAGAUCGUGAGUAAAGAGAACGAACCAGUGACUUGCUUCGCCUUCUGGUUUGCCACCAAGACGGUCCAUGCCACUUUUUCUCUGGUUUCGUAGGCGUCCGACACUGUACGGUGGAUGCCUAGCACCGCAUCUUAGGAAAACCGAUGUGUUCUUGUGUGGAAACCGUAUCUCCCUUUUUCUCCCGUUAACUUUUCUUUGCUUCGUCGGUGUAGUCUAAACUGUGCACGUGUAUUUCCCCGGGGAACAAUUUGCACCGCGUGCCUCUUGAUGGUCGACGCACGGUGCUUGUGUCCGCGGCUCAUACGCCAGCUUGACAGGCGCUUUCCGUGUCACUGAAUACGAAGGGGAUAUUUUCCGGUUUGCAGAUUGCAUCGUGUUCGACGAAGCGGUUCGUUGGCCUACGUGAAGCCUGCGAAGUGCCUUUUUCUCGCUGGCGCAGAAUAUUUCCUCGCUUCUGCCGCGCCGCGACGGACUAGCAACUUGUUCUUGUCUCCGGAAUGAGACACGGUGUUCGAAUAGGCGAACGCCAUGUUGCCUCUCGAGCAGGGUAGAAGAGUGAAGGUACAGAAUUGUGUCCCACUGGCAUUGCUUGCCCUGCACGUAUCGGGGGAAUCUACCCACAACGCCAAAAGCCGUCUCUCAUGACCACAGAACAGAAGACCUCAGGAGCCAAUCCCCGGGUGACCGCAUGGACGUAGCGCGUCCAUGUCCACCACGGCGAUUCCCCGGGUAGCCCUGUGACGCUCUGUGUCAUUUUGUGCCUUCAAAUAAACUCCUAGAACGUAUUUGUCUAUGUGUGAAAAGGCACAACCACUGGCGUUUCCUCUUGGCACUUCCAGAGCUCAAGUGUGAACGUGAAGAACCCUUCACCGCCUCAUUAAGCAUAACUCAUUCUUUCGGGGCUUGAUUGCGUAGUGCGUUUGUAUCCCUUUGAGUUUCUCGUAAAGACACUUACGCAAGCGCUCUGCCUCGAACGACAUCCGAGACAUGUGCAUCUCAUGCACCUGGCGUGGCUGAGCACCAAAGAUACAUUUUUCGAUCAGCCUUUGUUUGCAUGCGGUGGUCAUGGCACGGCAACGCUUCUCCUACUCAUGGAAAAAGCUCCCAAUUAAAUGCUUUGGAAGCUUCUAGUCUGCAUCCACUCCGCUCGGAGGGGUCCUCAGUGCCAUCCAAAUUCGUUGGAGGCGAGGCUGAUCAGUACAAUCGUGCUGAUGGAAGUAAUCUCUAAGACGGGUCUAUUUGUAAGAUUUUUCUUGGAGGAUAUACUACGUUUCUGAUCUGAGGGAUCCAAAUCCGCAACGCCAUUCUCGGCGCAAUACCACCUGAAUUUUUCUGCACGCCACUUCGCUGCCGUGUGUGAUUUUCUCGCUGUCCGUCCUUUGACCCUUCGGACUGUUGUGAACACACCUCGCCGCUCUCCACGUCCUCUAGUUCCCCUAGGUCCCCCAGCUGGAGCCGUAAAGGGUUGGAUGCGUUUUUACCCUUUUUGCGGAAGCGUUCAUGCUGCCAAGAUGCCGAUCGGACACGGAAGCGCGGCUUACGCCCAACAGGACACCAUGGCGGACAUUGUGCAGGGAAUCAUAUUCGAGAGGAAUCGCGCCGUUUUAGAGGCUCGAGCAAUGCGGCAAGAGGAAGAAGUGACUCUGGACCUAGUUCGGGCACAGCGGGACCGGAUCGAGUAUCUGCAGAAGGAACUGCGACAGCUUUCGCAGAAUUUCAGACAAGUGUGUGCAAGUCAAGCUCUAAACCAGGAGGCGCGGUCGAAGGCAGUUCACCAGGCACAGGAAGAGUCACGGCUUCUCCUUCAGACCUCCCAAGAGAACACGGAACUUCAGGCACGCGCGCAUGCACUGGCCGCGCAGUGUGAAGCGGCGCAGCAAGCGGAAAAGCAUUUGAGUGAGAAAGUCAGUGCUCUGGAGCGAGUGCAGAAAACUCUUCAGGCUCAGCUGGUGGCUGCCGAGGCGAAGGGAAAGGACUAUGCGGCCCAGCUGGCCGAAACAAAAAAGGCUGUAGAGUCCAUUCAGUUCCAAGCUCGCGCGGCCGAGGCCGCGGUGAAAUGUGAAGAGGCAACUCGCAAGCAGUACGAAGAUCGGAUCGCCGAACUGGAGCACCAAGUUGCCGAGUACACGACACGGCUUUCAGCCGCGCAAGAGGAAACGAAGAAACUUGUACUUGAGAACACGAAGGCGAAAACCCAAGUGGCGAUCGCAGCCGCCAAAGCCGAGGUGAAAGCCAAGGCUUCAUCCGCGGCGGUGGAGAAGGUGGCGGGAGAGGACGAGGCGCUCACAAUGGAGAAGUUUCGCGCGAAAAUGAAGGAGGAAGGGGCGGCGGCGAGGCGGCAGUUCGAGGCGAAGCUCCAGGAGGCGGAAGAACGGUACAGAAAGGACAUUUCAGACGUCCGCGAACUGCUGGAGAAGGAGCGCACGCAGUGGAUUCUUCAGAGCGAGGAAGAGAAGCGGCAGCUGCUCGCACAAGCCGAGAGCGAGAAAGAGCAUGUGAAGCGACGCGUGCAGGAGGAGUUUGCGGCGCAGAUUCGGGCGGCAGAAACGCAAGCGAAGGAGAGGAAGAUGGACGCGCGAGAGGCGACGGCCAAGCUGCAGGCCGAGAAUGAGGCCCUUCAGAAGGCGAAGGUAGCCCUGGAGGAGGCAGCGAAGCGUGAAAAAGAAGAGCGCGAGCAGGAGCGACAGGAGAGACAGAAGGUUCAGGAGCGGAUGAGCCAGAUGGAGGAGGAAGUGGUGCGUCUCAGGAACGAACGCGACGAGAAGGCUGUACAGGACCAGCAGCCGGGGGAGAAGAAGCUGGUCAGCGUGGAAGUGGAAGCGCUAUCAAAGGAAGCGGAAAACUUGCGGCAGAAAGUGGCCAUCCUUGAGAAGGAACAGAAGAAACUUGAAACAGAGAAACUCGGGCUGGAACGCGAGAAUGCCAGACUGCAAGAGGAACUCGGCGAAGAUGUGGCGAGCACCUUUGCCAGCGAAGGGGAUGUCAUGUCCGCCGGCAAGGCGAAGUCAAAGGAAGUGCACGACCUGGAGGACGAGCUGGAGAAAACCCGUGAAGAGGUGCAAAAGUGGAAGAGACGGGCGGUGCACGAGAGACAGAGGCGAAAGUCAGAGCAAGCAAUUGGAGAAACGGACGACGAGAGCGGAGACGAGGCCAAGGCGGAACCGGAGGGAGGUGCAACAUUCGACGAGGAAGAAGGCAAGGAGGAACAAGCAAGAACAGAGAUAGCUGAGUUAACUACCGACGAAGCAGACAGUGGCGAGCUGCACUCACUAGGCGAAGAGGAGCUCGUGAAGAGACUCGAAACUAUGCGCGAAAAACUCAAGACAGCCAGGUCGGUGUACAUGGAGCUUGUGCAGAAGUACAACACCCUCGUCAAAAAGUACAACAAACUCAUCGACGUUGUCGCAGCCAUGGACCCAAGGAAGAGGGAAAAGCACAAGGAAGCGGUGAAGACAAAGCAGGACAUGCCGCUCGAGGAUGAAAGUGGAGGCGGAAUAUUCAGCUUUUUCUGGUAGCCUGGGGAUCGACGAAGCCGUACAAAGCUGACGUUAAGAACAUAAAGAUCAUAGCCACGCCAUGUACUGUAGUUACCACAUUAUCGGUCUUUUAAUUUCCAUGAAUGGAGUCACCUUGGAAUGUCUUUGCUCACGUUGUCAGUUCACAUUCGUCUUGUUGCACUAGUCCACUGUAUAGAUCCUCACACACGUUAAAUUUACUGAUCUCGUCAGGCUUGCUUUUCAGGGAGAGACUCUUGCACGCACAGACAGGCGCAAACCUCACAGAGGACGUCAAAUAGGAACGCAGAGAGCACGGGAGUCCCGCAGAACCUGCUGACGUCGAGGAGACAAACGAGCGUCGUAAUGCUCUGGAAUUGGACAAAGCAUUUUUCCUCGUGUACCCAAGCGUAGGCGCAGAAGGGCGGUUUUGGUCUGCCUAGUUCUCUCUAGGGGCUCUAGUGUCCAUCUAGAACACUGAGGGGGGCAUUGUGAUGCCUUUGCGUGUGCUGCUUUUUCCAAGAACAGUUGAAUGCCGUGGUAGCUAUAGGCAGUUCUCAUGAGUCCGCAUUUAUAAAGACUAGACAGCAUUCCGGUUUAUCAGGAACAGGACCAGAAGCUUUUGUUCUGCGUGUUAGAGCGGAUACAACGACAGCCCAGAUUUCCAUGAGACGAGAUUAAAAGGGAGGCUUGAGAAAUCGGGGUCUUUGUCUCGAGUGGUCAGUUUAUUUAUUCACCCGUGUUUUCUGGGUUGUUCCUGUGACCGAUAGUGUCCGCCACGGACGGAACGUCAGGUGAAAAACGAUCGUUUCCAUUAAUUGCGUCUCAUCAAGGGAGUUUCACUGCGGUGGGACAGAAGUUUAGGGAAGGGUUUAUUCAUCCUGACUGUGGUUCGUCGUUUUUUUGAUAUCUAGGAAAACAACGCCUGUAAAAAGCUGUACGGCCUUAAUUAUCCUUUUGGCAGUCGCUUUCCUAGUGUGGGGCACGUCAGAUUAGGAUUGUGUUUGCAAUCUCAUCGACAAUUUGUGGAUUUGUCCCUACAGUAAAGCUACGGUCAAUAUGACAGAGAGGAUUCUGUGAGCAGCGCAGAGCUCUGCCUAGUCUACAGCAGAAAUGCUGGAUGGGAGAGACGAGACCAGGAAGAAAUCUUUGACGAGCUUGCAGUUUUAUCUGCUCAUGCCAGCAUUUUUGUCGCUCGAAAACGAACACCCGCGUCACCCUAUCAGAGUGUAGAAAGUUCGAGAGGGAUGCUCCAGCGUGGACCGUCUAGGAACAGUGUUUCAUUUCUCGUGACAUAUAAUGCCGCCUUUCCGGUCUGAACUCCGUGCACGUAACGUUGGCUUUUCGACGCGAGUGCCACGUCGACAAACCGAGCAGCGACAUACAGAAGCGAGAAAGCGCGUUGCCUUUACUUUCGAGAAUUGUGGCUUCUCUCCGUGGCUGAGACGGAUCCGAGUCGCGCAAAUGGUUUACAAGAGGCACACAAUAACAGUUGUCACGAGAAACGACACGCGUUACGUAGGCA